UGUCUAAACACGCAGCUCCUGGUUUUACUCUUCGGGAAGUGUUUUGUGAAAAAGUCUAAUAAAUGACAGACCGCGCUGAACUCAGGGACGGGGCGCGUGCUGGACACGGGACAUUUCGGGACAUUCAUGUCUGCAGAAGUUCAAAUGGCUUGGGGCAAAAAUGGCGCGCAUUCACAGUGACCAACGCAGUGAGAAGCGCCGUCCGCUGAAGCGCGCGCCCUGCCUCGUGCACUUGAGACGCACGCACCCGGGUUUGCACAAUUGGAUGGAAAGCGCAGUCUCGCGCUCAAGAUGGAAAACUGAUGGAAACGUGAAAGUCGGGGAGAAGGUGGAGACCGACCAGGGGGAAGUGUCGGGUUCAGAGGCGUGACGCGGGAGAGCGCGCGCUCGCUGCUCUUAUAAAGACCGAGCGCGCGUCUGAGGCAGCGCAGGUUUUCUUCGGACUCCACUUUGGGAAAUUAAAGCGGCACGCGAGCGCGCGCGCUGAGGGAACUGAACGGAAAGGAGCGCUUUUACCUUUUAUCAUUUAACUUUUUCUCGCGAGCGGUUUUUUUUAUCACAGCGUCUCCCGAGAGCGCGAGACUGAUCCGACUUUCACGCGCGGUCGGUCGCUGGAUUGUCGGGCGCUUUGGCACGGCUCAAGUUGCCUGGGUUGGAAAAAAAUUAUAUAGAAAAUAAAAAUCUUCGUGGACUUUUGAGUUUUUGAAGGCCGUCUCGAGCCGCAUUCAGUGUUUUUUUUUAUUUAUUGUUUAGCCCCAAAAGCAUCUCGUAUGAAUCUCCUCGACCCCUACCUCAAGAUGACGGACGAGCAAGAGAAGGGCCUGUCGGACGCCCCGAGCCCGAGCAUGUCCGAGGAUUCGGCGGGUUCCCCGUGUCCCUCUGCGUCCGGCUCGGGUUCGGGCUCGGACGCGGAGAGCGGAGGGCGCGCGCGCGACGCCGGCGGCGCGCUAAAGAAGGACGCGGACGACGUGCACGAGGGCAACGAGAAGUUCCCGCAGUGCAUCCGCGAGGCCGUGUCUCAGGUGCUGAAGGGCUACGACUGGACCCUUGUCCCCGUGCCGGUGCGCGUGCACGGCGCCAGCAAGAACAAGCCGCACGUCAAGAGGCCCAUGAACGCGUUCAUGGUGUGGGCGCAGGCUGCGCGCCGCAAACUCGCAGACCAGUACCCUCACCUGCACAACGCCGAGCUGAGCAAGACCCUGGGCAAGCUGUGGAGAUUGUUGAACGACGUGGAGAAGCGUCCUUUCGUAGAAGAGGCUGAACGCCUGCGUGUGCAGCACAAGAAGGAUCAUCCCGACUACAAGUACCAGCCCCGGCGAAGAAAAUCAGCCAAGAAUGGUCAGGGUGAGGGUGAAGAUGGUGCUGAGCACACUCAUGUCUCUACCAACGCCAUCUUCAAGGCCCUGCAGCAGGCCGAUUCUCCCGCGUCCAGCAUGGGAGAAGUGCACUCCCCCAGCGAGCAGUCAGGCCAGUCUCAGGGUCCCCCGACUCCACCCACCACUCCCAAAAUUGCUGCUCAGGCAGGCAAAAGUGAGCCAAAGCGCGAGGGUCGCCCACUCCAGGAUGGCAUCGGAGUUUCUGUUGGCUCAGGCGGGCAGCGUCAGCUCAACAUCGACUUCCGCGACGUGGAUCUGGGCGAACUGAGCAACGAAGUCAUGGACAGCUUCGAUGUGGCAGAGUUUGACCAGUAUCUGCCACCUAACGGGCACCCCGGGCAUGGCUGGAUGGGCGCUGCGGGCACUGCUUGGAUGGCCAAGAGUCCGAGCUCCAGCACUCAGGUGGGUGCUGCCAGUCCCGGUGAGGAUCAGAGCCAGCAGAGGACAACGCACAUCAAAACCGAGCAGCUGAGUCCAACCCAUUACGGCUCCUUUAACCUGCAGCACUACACCACUUCCACUUCAUCCUCUGCCUUCCCAUCAUGCAUCAACCGGCCACAGUAUGACUACACCGACCAACAAGGUGGCGCCGCUUCCUAUUACUCCACAGGCCAGAGCUCGAUUUACUCCACCUUUAACUACAUGAGUCCCAGCCAGAGGCCAAUGUACACCCCCAUCACCGAGACCCAAACAGGCCACAGUCCCCAGCACUGGGACCAGCAGCCAGUCUACACACAGCUCUCCCGACCAUGAGAACGCACACACACACACACACACACACACACACACACACACACACAUGCAGUGAAGAUUAUUUAACAAGGCUGAUUGCCCCUCCAUCGAUCCUCCUGCAGAAAAGCACACACUUGAAAACUCACCAGAGGAAGACUGAAAGGAAAAGCUGGACUUUAUGAAAGAGCAGCUCACCACGUGCCUUUUUCACCUUUAAAUCGCCUGAUGCAAAUUAGAAAUCUAUAUAUUUUUAGCCUUGAUUGCGAGAAAAGAGAAACAUUUUUCUGCGAAAAGAAGAAUCCUCUGUGAGGACUUGAUGAAUUAUUGUACUUUAGUAUGUACUGUGUAUGUUUUCGUACCUGUUUUCUGUAGCUGUUAGGGAUUCGAUCCUGUAGGGAAACGGUUUAUUUUUUACUAAACCACUCUUCGCAGUCCUGCCUAGUCAUCCUCAUGGAAUUUUUGUAUUGGCCUUUAGGAUUUUGUUUGCUGCGCUAGUGGAUCUUCACCCCGUUUGUGUCCUACCUACAAGUUCACUUUCGUUACUUCUUGUAUUUAUAAAUUACUAAAAACCUUCCCGAUGCUUUAGAGUGGUGUAUUUUUAAUGCUUUUGUAUGACCUGUCCUGCCUUGUGCACCGUCAGUGCCUGGUCUUGUGGGGUUGUUUUUGAUUUUUUUUUUUUGUCAAGGUAGAAUGUGCAGCUGAGAAUUUACUUAGUGCCUGACAGUGGCAGGAAGUGACCUUUGACCCCACGUCAUUCUUUCCAGUCAACAGUCAUACUGGUCUCAUCUUUCCACCCUGACCCCUUAUUUUUUUCCGUUGACUCUUUAACCUCUUGUAAUUUAUUUAUUAGUCUUAAUUUUAUUUCAGAUUAAUUAAGUGCAGUGUAUUCAUUAAUACUGUAAGCAACUAAUUAUUUUGUCUUUGGAAGAGCCUCCCUUCUGGAUAUUGUAAUGUUCAAUCCGAGUCAUUCAGCCAGAAGGGUUGCUACUUAAUAUGGUACAGUUCUGUAAUCAUGUUUAUUUAUCAUAUCUAGAUGUCUCUAUUUUAAAUGUUUAUUUGUCUCCUUUUGUUUCUUCUUCUUUUUUGGGUUAGCCAGAACUGAUGAUGAUGAUGAUGAUAAUGAUGAUGAUGAUGAUGAUGAUAAUGAAGUACUGUCAAGGCUGAUCAAACUGGAACCUUUCGUCAGCUUUCUUCCAGCAGGAAGUUUAUUUUUUAAGCUUGGUUUUGAAGCUGUCAUUUUUUUCCGUGUGAUCGUUUAUAGCGAUACCAGAGAUUUUACAUCAUAUCUUUUCGAGGAUUGACUUUUUCCAUACCACAUAUCUUCUUACCGAUGUUACACCUUCCAAACUUUUUUUUCUUUCAUCAGAUUUAACAUCAUUUUCUUUAAAUAAAUGCAUUUUUUAUUAUAUUUGCAAUAAAAGUAAAAACAAAAA